ACUUUCUUUUCAGACAGUGCCUAGCUAAUGAGCACGUCACAUGUGACUGUCCAUCUGUCCCCGCAGUGGCUCUUUGAGUUUGUGGGCACUGGCACUGGGCUUUCCCCUCCUUGGAGGACAGCAGGAAAGCUCCAUUGUUAAGCUGCUCCUGGGUCUGAACCAUGGCUGCCAUGUUGGGGGAUGCCAUCAUGUUGGCCAAAGGCCUUGCCAAACUGACCCAGGCGGCACUGGAAACCCAGCUGCAGUACCUGGGCUUUGGUGGGGAGCUUAUCAUGGCAGCCAGGGCCCUGCAGUCCACAGCGGCGGAGCAGAUCAGCAUGGUCCUAGGGAUGGUACAGGGUCAAGAUAAACCUGAAGUGUCUUAUGCCACUGAGAGCUUUGAUGACCUGGAAGCCGAGGUCCCCUUCUCUGCGGCUUCCAGCGUUGACCAGUCACCAUCUGCAUCCGUGGGUCACACCUACAAUGAAGGACCGGCUCCCGCCUAUGUUGCCAGUGGACCACUUAGGGAAGCUGGGCUCCCAGGCCAGACCAGUUCUCUGCUGGGCAGAGUCAACGGGAGGCUCUUCGCAGACCCCGGAGACCUUUUCUUUGCCACUGGCUUCCAGCGAAGGUUCUUCCAUCAGGACCAGUCCCCCAUGGGGGGUCUCACAGCUGAGGACAUUGAGAAGGCCCGGCAAGCCAAGGCCCGCCCCGAGGGCAAGCCCCACAAGCAGAUGCUCAGUGAGCGGGCUCGGGAGAGGAAGGUGCCAGUUACGCGGAUUGGGCGGCUGGCCAACUUCGGAGGUCUGGCUGUCGGUCUGGGCUUUGGGGCCCUGGCUGAGGUUGCCAAGAAGAGUCUGCGCCCUGAGAACUCCACAGGGAAGAAGGCCGUGCUGGACUCCAGCCCCUUCCUGUCGGAGGCCAACGCGGAACGCAUCGUGCGCACGCUGUGCAAGGUGCGUGGGGCAGCGCUGAAGCUGGGCCAGAUGCUGAGCAUCCAGGAUGACGCCUUCAUCAAUCCUCAUCUGGCCAAGAUCUUCGAGCGGGUGCGGCAGAGUGCUGACUUCAUGCCGCUGAAACAGAUGAUGAAAACACUCAACAAUGACCUGGGCCCCAACUGGAGGGACAAGCUGGAGUACUUUGAGGAGCGUCCUUUUGCAGCUGCCUCUAUUGGGCAGGUGCACUUGGCCCGCAUGAAGGGCGGCCGUGAGGUGGCCAUGAAGAUCCAGUACCCCGGCGUGGCACAGAGUAUCAACAGUGACGUCAACAACCUCAUGGCCGUGCUGAACAUGAGCAACAUGCUCCCCGAAGGCCUGUUCCCGGAGCACCUGAUAGAUGUGCUGCGGCGGGAGCUGGCCCUUGAGUGUGACUACGAGCGUGAGGCUGCCUGUGCCAGGAGGUUCCGGGAGCUGCUGAAGGACCACCCCUUCUUCUACGUGCCUGAGAUCGUGGAUGAGCUCUGCAGCCCCCAUGUGCUCACCACGGAGCUGGUGUCUGGCUUCCCCUUGGACCAGGCAGAGGGGCUGAGCCAGGAGGUUCGGAACGAGAUCUGCUACAACAUCCUGGUCCUUUGUCUGAGGGAGCUGUUUGAGUUCCACUUCAUGCAGACAGAUCCCAACUGGUCCAACUUCUUCUAUGACCCGCAGCAGCACAAGGUGGCUCUGCUGGACUUUGGAGCCACGCGAGAAUAUGACAGAUCCUUCACUGACCUCUACAUUCAGAUCAUCAGAGCUGCUGCCGACCGGGACCGUGAGGCCGUGCGCCAGAAGUCCAUCGAGAUGAAGUUUCUCACCGGCUAUGAGGUCAAGGCCAUGGAGGAUGCCCACUUGGAUGCCAUCCUCAUCCUGGGUGAGGCCUUCGCCUCUGAGGAGCCCUUCGAUUUUGGCACGCAGAGCACCACGGAGAAGAUCCACAACCUGAUUCCCAUCAUGCUUAAGCACCGCCUCAUCCCACCACCUGAGGAGACCUACUCCCUGCACCGGAAGAUGGGCGGCUCCUUCCUCAUCUGCUCCAAGCUCAAGGCCUGCUUUCCCUGCAAGGCCAUGUUUGAGGAGGCCUACAGCAACUACCGGCGGACACAGGCCCAGCAGCAGUAGCUGCAGGCAGACCCCAGGGUGGUGGUGGUGCCCAAGUGAGCACAAGGCUCCCUGCAGCGCUUUAUGGAUUUUCAUGCCAAGUGGGUGGAGUGACAGAUGCAAGGAGGCAUGGUGGGGGGGGCGCCACUCUGCCGUCAGAAUCAAUGAAGGGGGCAGGGGUGUCCUGCAGCCCCUUUUCCUGAUGUGUCUGCCGGAAACACGCAGCACCCCCUUCCUGGAUCUGAACCAUGAGGCCAGGGGUUUGCACAGUGCACAGCUCUGUCCACCUUCCCUGCUCCAUCUGGGGUGUGGGGCUGGGAGCACAGCUCCAGAAGUGCAUCACUGUCACCGGUGCCGCCCGGGCUGCCUGGCCUCUGCCACCUGUCUGGACAGCAGAGCCAGCAGGGCCGCUGCUGGGCGGACGGGAGGGAGGGUGGGAGCUGGAGGUCAGCACAGUGCUGUGAACUUUUGUACAAGCGGUGUCAUUACCAGAUUUGUUUCAGUUCAAUUAAACCAAGUGCUGUGGAAACUGC